AUGAUCUGUCCCACAAAGAUAUCCAAAACAUACAAGGGAUUAUUUGCAAACUGUAGGGCUCUGAACUUGACGACCGUUCCUGACCUAGAAGGUAACAUAACAGCACUAGAUCUCAGUGAGAACCGGAUAAAUCUAACUGGAAGUGACUUUUCCAGGUAUCCAUAUCUGGUGUAUUUGAAUCUUGAAGGUAAUGGUCUGAGUAGACUUCCAUUCGAUGUGUUCACUGGAUGUGGAAAGUUGAAAUUCUUAAAUUUAAAUAACAACAAUCUAAACUACAGCCUCAGCUCAUUUCCUGAAAACGUCUUCACUCCUCUGCACGUCCUAGAGGAACUGAAUAUUGGUAAUAAUAAUAAUACAGCUUGGACGUUUCCUGACAGUGUACUUAAACCACUAACAAAUCUUAAAAUGUUUACAAUAGAUACAACUUCUAAUUUCACGUUUGGAGAGGGUUUUCGAAAUACUCGCAGUCUUGAAGUUCUGUGUUUGUCAGGAAAUCAAGCAGAUUGUGGAAUUGUAGAACUUUACAAUGAUACGUUCUCAGUGUUCAAUUCAUCCAGUUUGCAGACGCUCGAUCUUUCAUUUUGUGGACAUCUAAGAAAUAUACAUUUAGAUUCUUUUUCACCAUUGCUCAGUUUGAAGGUACUUGACCUGAAGAAAGCACACAACCUAGGCCUGUCUGGAGCCUUAUUGGGAAUGUAUGGUUUGCAAAAUAGAAAUAUGACGUCCAUAAAUUUAGAAGCAGUAACGUUCCUUCAAAAAUGGAACAUCCCAACAGAAAAAUGUGUAGACGAUCAAAUACUAACAAAAGACAAAUUGCAAUACUUGUCUAGAAUUUGUCUCUCCAGUCUGAAUUUGGCAAACAAUCACAUCCUCUUUAUUGAUAUGGCAUCGACUCAAAACAGCACGAUUUAUAGUUGUUUGAGUUAUCUGUACCUUCCUGGAAAUGCCUUUGAUUUAAAAUUCGAAAUUGUGGUUGUGCAGAAGAUUAUUCUAAAAUUAAAAUUAAAAUAUGUAGAUGUCUCAUCCAACCAAUGGUGUGGCCAUCCCCCUCCAAAUAAUUACUUUGAUGAUACACUGUCAAGAACAUUAUUUGUAACAUUGCCUACAACCAUAGAAACAAUUGUUUAUGAUGGAACUAAUUCAUUCGUUGAUCUUAAAAAAUGGAUUACGGUGGCGUUUAAUGCAAGUAAUAAUCUGAGAAAUCUUUCCAUCAGCUACAAUGAGAACAUGAUACUGGAAGGGUCUGUUACUGGACUGAACAAUCUUACAGCACUGAGACUAGAACACAAUGGAAAUAUGUCACUUUCAGAAUCUUUUUUUGAUAAUUUCCCAAGUCUGAAAAACCUCAACAUGAUUGGAGUGCGUCUUCCAAAACAGUAUUUCCAAAACGAGUCGAUUCGGUUAUUUAGAAACCUGACAAAGCUGGAAAACCUCGACCUCUCCUCCAGCGAUCUGUUCCACUUACCAAAACACUCGUUUCUCCACAGCCGCUUUCUCAAGAACCUCUUACUGUCACACAACAACUUUCAGAGUAUUUUAUUCUCCAUCGAAGAUGUUCCACAUUUAGAGACUUUAGAUUUGUCUUAUAAUCAUAUCAAAACGUUGAAUGGGGAUACCAGAAAUUUAUUGGACAGUCAUGCUAUAAAUAAAUCAAAUUUUAUUUUAAAAUUGCACAACAAUCAAUUAAGCUGCAGGUGUCAAAAUAUCGACUUUGUGUUGUGGUUCAAACAAACCGAUUAUAUUUUAAAUUCAAGUUAUGUGCAAUGCACGUACGAAAAUAAUACAUUGGUUAUUUUCAAAGAUAUUGACAAAGAAGCAUUAUGGCACGAGUGUACGGGAAAACCAGCGUUUUACAUCGUGUCGUCCAUGUUUGCAUUGCUCAUCUCUGUAGCUCUGUGUUCCUUUCUUGCAGUGAAGCAUAAGACUCAGAUUGUUGUGUUUUUCCACAGACUGUUUCGCGGGGUCGCUGGACUCCCAAGAAGAGAAGACUUCAGGUAUGAUGUUUUUAUUGGAUAUGCUGAUAAAGACUGUGACUUUGCGUGCAUGCAACUGAGAGAGAUCCUGGAGGACAGGUUUCAUUAUCGAGUUUACCUCCAAGAUCGCGACAGUGAGUUGGGCGGUUCGAGAGCCAUCUCCAUUCUAGAUGGAGUCCGAAACAGCUGGAAGAUGGUCCUGGUUAUGUCACAGAACUUCGUCACUGACGAAUGGUCUAUAUACACGAUGCAUGCCGUAACUCUGUACGCUGCCUCUGGUCGCAUACCAAAGAGGCUGGUCCUUCUCCUGGACCGAGCGAAUCCGUGUGAGGUUCCAGACACCCUCCUGUGCAUUGCAGAUGAAGAAACGAUUCUGCCAAUCCCACGUCCUAAUGAUGACGAUUCGUGGGAACACUUAAGGCGUCUUCUGAGGUGA